UUGUAUUGGGAAAUACCCAGGGUGUUUGUGUUGUUGGUGUCUAUGUAACUUCAGGAUGGGGGAGGUCAGAGGAUAUUAAAAGGAGAGACAGACGCUGGUGAGCUGACAGUCUCAGCACUUGGAGCUUGGGUGUGUGACGCUGCUAAAAUGAAAGCUCUGAUUUUUCUGGGGCUUUUCAUCCUGCCUCUGGCUGCUAAUGAGAAGAUCUAUAAAAGGUGCGAGCUGGCUGCAGUCAUGAAAAAUCUUGGGCUGGCUAACAUUCCAGGAUACACUUUGGGAGAUUGGGUGUGUACAGCAAAAUACGAGAGCAACUUUAACACGAGUGCAAAACACGGUAACUCUGAUGGAAGCACGGAUUAUGGGAUUUUGCAAAUCAACAGCCGCUGGUGGUGCAAAGAUGGCAAGACUCCAGGAACCAAGAAUGCAUGCGGAGUCCAGUGCACAGAGUUACUGAAACCAGACAUUAAGGCAACUGUUAAAUGUGCGAAGAGGAUUGUCAGAGAUCCACAGGGCAUGAACGCAUGGGUGGCCUGGAAGAAAUACUGCAAAGGAAAAGAUGUCUCCAAGUGGAUCAAGGGCUGCAAACUGUAAAAAAAAGAAUUGGGGGCAUAACUGAGCUCAGCUCCUUUUCAACAAGCAGUUUUUCACAUAAAGCAAAAUGCUCCCCCUCACUUGCUUCCAUUUCUAUAACAAAAUAAUAAA